AUGAGUUUAAAUCUAUACGGAUGCAACAAGAAUACCUUGUUGGCAUUAGUUGAUAAUUUAAAAUUAUCUAUAGCUGCAUCAAUAUAUGAACCAACUUUAAAAAUUAAAUUACCAGAACCACAAGAUAAUAUCAAUCAUGAUGUAUUAUUACAAGAUAAGAAAACUGGAUUUGAAUUAUUUGAACCAAAUGCUAUUGUUAAAUAUUUAGCUAAUGAUUAUACUACAAAUGAAUAUAUAAAAUUAGAAGAAAAACAAAUUUAUAAAGCUUUAUUGACUAAUAAAAAGGAAUCAUUAUCAAAAAUCCAAAUAUCAUUUCCAUCUAAAGUUGAAUUAAUUCCAUCUCAAAUAAUAUUAUUUGCAUCAUUAUACCCCAUAUAUAACGGUACCACGGAAAAUAAAUGGUUUGUUGAAUUUGCAUCCAAUGAAAAAGUUGCUGAAGGUAUUAAAUCAGCGUUAUCAAUAACAAAAUUAGAACGUGAAAAAGAAACCAAUACAGGAGCUCAAAAUUAUAAUAAAGAUAUUCUCGUCAAAAGUCAAGCAGAAAGAAUUAUUCCAAAAUCAAAUGAACGUAAUAUUUUAAUUACUUCAGCAUUACCUUAUGUUAAUAAUGUUCCUCAUUUAGGUAAUAUUAUUGGUUCAGUAUUAAGUGCAGAUAUUUAUUCAAGAUAUGUUAAAAAUAGAAAUUAUAAUGCUAUAUAUAUUUGUGGUACUGAUGAAUAUGGUACAGCUACUGAAACUAAAGCUUUGGAAGAUGGAGUAACUCCACAACAAUUAUGUGAUAAAUAUCAUAAAAUUCAUAAAGAAGUUUAUGAUUGGUUUGAUAUUGAAUUUGAUUAUUUUGGUAGAACUACAACAGAAUUACAAACUGAAAUUGCACAAGAUAUAUUUACAAAACUUUAUAAUAAUAAAUUUAUGGAAGAAAAAACAACUGAACAAUUAUAUUGUGAAAAACAUAAUUCAUUUUUAGCUGAUAGAUUUGUUGAAGGAAUUUGCCCCAAAUGUGGUUAUGAAGAUGCAAGAGGUGAUCAAUGUGAUAAAUGUGGGAAUUUAUUAGAUCCAUUAGAAUUAAUUGAACCAAGAUGUAAAGUUGAUGGAGCAAAACCCGUGGUAAAACAAUCAACUCAUAUUUAUUUAAAAUUAAAUGAUUUAGAAAAACCAUUACAAGAAUGGGUUAUAAAAGCAAGUGAAGAAUGGUCAAAAAAUUCAAAAACUAUUACAAAUUCAUGGUUAAAACAAGGUUUAGAACCAAGAUGUAUUACAAGAGAUUUAAAAUGGGGUACUCCUGUUCCUUUGGAGGGAUAUGAAAAUAAAGUCUUGUAUGUUUGGUUUGAUGCAACAAUUGGUUAUGUUUCAAUAACAGCUAAUUAUUUUAAAGAUAAUAAAGAUACAUCUACUGAAAAUUGGCAAAAAUGGUGGAAAAAUCCAAAAAAUGUUGAAUUAUAUCAAUUUAUGGGUAAAGAUAAUGUUCCAUUUCAUACAGUUGUUUUUCCUGCUUCAUUAAUUGGUACUGGAGAUGAGUGGACAAAAUUACAUCAUAUAAGUACAACAGAAUAUUUACAAUAUGAAGGUGGGAAAUUUUCAAAAUCAAGAAAUAUUGGAGUAUUUGGUAAUAAUGCAAAAAAUACUGGAAUAAAUUCUUCUGUUUGGAGAUAUUACUUAUCUUCUAUUCGUCCAGAAUCAAAUGAUUCUCAAUUUUCAUGGAAUGAAUUUGUUGGAAAAAACAAUAGUGAAUUAUUAGCAAAUUUAGGAAAUUUUGUAAAUAGAAUUGUUAAAUUUUUAAAUUCAAAAUAUAAUGGAGUAUUACCUAAUUAUAAUAUUGAAACAAUUCCAAAUUAUUCAGAUUUUGUUAAUGAAAUUAAUGAUUUAUUAAGUCAAUAUAAUAAGAAUAUGGAAAAUGUACAAUUAAGAAAAGGUUUAGAAUUAGCUAUGUCAAUUUCAUCAAAGGGUAAUCAAUUUUUACAAGAUAAUAAAUUAGAUAAUUCAUUAUAUAAUGAUCACCCGGAAAAAUCAGAUACUGUUAUGGUGGUAGGUAUAAAUUUAGUUUAUUUAAUUGGUUCAUUAAUUUCACCAUUUAUGCCUUCUACAACAACAAAAAUAAAUGAAAUUUUAAAUAUUCCUUCAUUAAGUAUUCCUGAUAAAUUUGAUAUUUUCAUAUCACCUGGUCAUAAUAUUGGUAAAGCUCAAUAUUUAUUUAGUAGAAUUGAUGAUAAAAAAAUUGAAGAAUGGAGAAAAUUAUAUGGUGGUGGUUCAUCUGAGGGUAAGUAA